AUGCUGGCUUAUCUCUGCCAUCUGCGCAGACUAGACAAGUGCUAUGCAGUGCACGACGGAACAAUUGAGAACUAUGCAUUCAAAGACUUUCCCGGAGCCACCGACCGGUUUACUCUCGCAGAAUUUUCAUCCUCGACAGUUUUCAUUAAGGAGGCAGGAAGGUCGUUCUUGCCAUCUAGUGUCAACCGGCUCAGUCGCGACACCUGGCCUGCAGAGAACACUUCAACGAUGACAAGCAUCUCCGACGAGGAAAAGCACUACAGCACCGCCGAUCCGUAUGCGGCGGGCAGCGAGCCGGAGAAGCUAGGCAGCAAUACGUACGAUGUCAGCGAGAAGAACGAUGAUUCGCUCGGUCAUCAUGUCGAGCGUGAGGUCAAUGAGGACCACGUCUUCCAUGACCACGGCGAUGGUCACACACAGCGUAACCUCAAGUCGCGCCAUCUCCAGAUGAUCGCUAUCGGCGGCACGAUUGGAACGGGUCUCUUCCUCGGUUCGGGUGGUGCACUCACGAGUGGUGGACCGGUCGGUCUUCUGCUAGGAUACUGCAUCAUGGGCUCCGUCGUGUACAGCAUGAUGGUCGCAUUGGGCGAAAUGUGCACGCUCUACCCCGUCAGCGGAGCCUUCACACACUAUGCAGCCCGCUUCGUCGAUCCGGCGCUCGGCUUUGCGCUCGGAUGGAAUUACUGGUAUUCUUAUGCAAUCACCUUACCUACCGAGAUUACCGCUGCGGCUAUCGUCAUCUCCUACUGGGAUGACACCACCAAUGUCGCCGUCUGGAUUUCAAUUUUCCUCGUCGUCAUCUGCUCGAUCAACUUCUUUGGCGUUCGCUGGUAUGGAGAAAUGGAAUUCUGGUUCUCGCUUAUCAAGGUCAUCGCGAUUGUCGGCUUGAUCAUCCUUGGCAUCGUCAUCGAUCUCGGUGGUGGUCCCAAUCACGAUCGACUCGGCUUCCGUUAUUGGAAGAACCCGGGACCGUUUGUUCAGCAGAAUGACAUUCCGGGCGCAUGGGGUCGUUUUCUCGCUUUCUGGACCGUCUUCGUCCAAGCUGCCUUCUCUUUCCUGGGCACGGAAAUCGUCGCGCUCGCAGCUGGCGAAGCGGCCAACCCUAGAAAGACGGUUCCAAAGGCUAUCCGACGAGUGUUCUACCGUAUUCUACUCUUCUACGUCGGCGGCAUUUUGGUCAUCGGACUGACCGUCCCAUCCAACUCGCCCGAGCUACUGCAGCCGACCGGUCAAGCAGGCACAGCAGCUCAAUCUCCCUUUGUCAUCGCGAUCAACAAUGCCGGUAUCAAGACUUUGCCGUCGAUCAUCAAUGCGGUCAUUCUUGUGUCUGCUUUCUCGGCCGGCAACUCUGAUCUCUAUGCAAGCUCGCGUACGCUGUACGGCCUCGCCUGCGAUGGCAAAGCACCCAGGAUCUUCCGCAAAUGCACCAAGGGCGGUCUACCGAUCUGGUGCCUCAUCAUCACCGUCAUGAUCGGCCCGCUCGCCUACCUCAAUGUCAGCAACAAUGGAACCACUGUGUUCAAUUGGUUCUACAACAUCAGCUCGAUCACUGGUCUCCUCACUUGGUGGGCAAUUCUGCUCACCGCCAUCCGAUUCUACGCGGGCAUCAAAGCCCAAGGCAUCGAUCGAUCCUUGUUCCCAUACAAGGCACCGUUCCAGCCAUACUUUUCGUACUAUGGCUUUGUCAUGCUCAACCUGAUCAUUUUGUUCAACGGCUAUCCCGUCUUCCUAGCGGGUAACUGGGAUGUUCAGAACUUCAUCGUUGCUUACAUCACGUUGCCCAUCUUUGCGAUCUUCUACGUCUUCUGGAAGGUCCUCAAGCGCACCUCUUUCGUUCGUCUCCACGAGAUGGACUUUGAGACUGGCAGACGCGAGCUUGACGAGAUGGACGUCAUUGAAGCAGAAAAGGCAGGAGGCGAGCCAACGACAUGGUAUGGCAAGAUCUGGGCCUGGCUUAUGUAGACACGCACGGGCACAUUGAUUAGAUGGUCACUUAAUGCAGAU